AUGGACGGACACUCUAAUCCCUCCCUUCUCGCUUCCACACUUCCCCCUCAACCACCCUUAUCGUCGUCUCUCCUCGCCCCGUCCUCCGUUCUUUCCCCGACUAUCCCGCAAGCGGGACUCAUUUCCGCGAACCAUCAGGCAGCGCAAUUUAGUUCCGCCGUCGCAUCUGGCGCUAGCGGGAACCCCGCGAUUUCGCAUGCUUCCGCCUCGCGGCCUGUUGCGCCUGUGCCCGGUAGAGUUCCGCGGAUUGCGCAGGUGAUGUCCGCGCGGGUAACGCCUCAGCCGCCGCUACAAGCCGCCCCUUCCCCGCAACUGGCGCCUGGCCAAGUGUCCGCUUCGCCGCAGCCUUCUCCGCAACAGGUGCAGCAGGCGCUGCAAACUCAAAGGCAGCAUCAGCUGCAAGCACAGCAGCAGCCAUUGAUGCAGUCGCAGCAGCAGGCGGGUCAAGCGCCGAUGCAGCCACAGAUCUCACAACCCCAGGCGCAGCAGCAGCAGCACACGCCGCAGAAGCCGUCGUUGCUGCACCCCCUCCCGCCGCGCGUGCACCAGCAACCGAGGCCUAUAGCCAUUCGGCCACUGCACCCUCCGCAACACCCUAACUCCUCGGCUCAGCAGGGCAACUCAUCUCAGGUUGCAAACUCGUCCCGCCCUGCACAGGCACAAGUGCAGAACCAGAAUGUUUUGCAGGCGCAGGCUAGAGGACAGGCGCAGGCGCGGGGGCAGAUCCAGGCGCAGGGGCAGGGGGUGGCAGAGGCGCCAGCAGCAGCGGCUCAGGCGCAAGGGGGUGGGCAGCUGCGACUGCCUGCCGUGGCAGGGGGAGCGGGGAUGGCAGGAGGAGCGGGGGUGGCAGGGGGAGCGGGGCAGCAGGUGAAGCCCCCUGUGAGCGCAGCAGCCAAGCAAGCGCAAGCGAGGUUGUUGCAGGCUCAGCAACAGGCUCAACACCAGGCGCAGGCUCAAGCACAGCGGCCAGCCGCACAAGUGACCCCCACAGCGGCAGCAAAGGCUGAGAACCGAACCAGCAAUGCUUCCACUGGCCUCUCUGGGGCAGCACCUGGGUCAGCAGCACCUGGGCCAGCAGGGCAGGGUGCUAGCUCUGUGGGGAUCAAGAGAAGUCUUGCUGUGCCAGGUGGCGCCAUCGCAGAGGUGAAAGCAGCUGCAGUGGGCUCACAGCAAGCGGUGCCGGGGAGAGGUGCUGCUGAUGCCAAGGCUGCAGCGGCUGCAGCAGCAGCGGCAGCGGUGGCGGCGGCAGCAGCGGAGAAGGAGAAGCAGAGGCGACGGAAACUGCAGAUGAAGGCGUUGCAGGCGGUGCUGUCCCAGUGCUCUGCGGUUGUGUUCUUUCUGGUGUCAUUGUGGCCUGAGUCUCAUGUUACCUUCACUCACAUGUUCCCCCUGUAUCCCUAUCUCCCCUCCCGCCUCUCUCACCAGGAGUCCUCAAGAGCACACAACCUCCGCCUACAGAGACUCCAUGAGGCCGACGAAGCUGCAGACGAGGCUCGGGCCGAAGCUCUGGCUCGGUACACCAGCAAUGCGGAGCUGCUGCAGGAGAUCUUCACCUGUGAUGCCACUCAACUCUCCGGCCUGGCCUCCUGUGCCGCCUUGUGCGGGCGUUCGGGUCCCCCUGGUGCCCCUGGGGAGGGCGAUGCAAGAGGGGAGUGUGAGGGGGGUAAAGGGGAGGAUGAGGUGGAUGCACGAGCGGCAGAGGCGGGGUUUGAGAUGCUUGGUGCUGUGGCAGUUGAUGGCUUUGGAAGGAGGAGUGAGGAAGAAAGUGCUCAAGCUGGUGCUCCUGCUGCUGAUGCUCUCACAAGACCGUCACACUCUAGAGCCGUACCACGUGGUCCUGCUUUUUCUUUGUCAAGACCCUUUGGUGGGCGUCAAGCAGGGGAAGAGAGAUAUGGAGCAGCCAAGGGGGGGGAGCGGUGGGUGCAGGAGGUGGCUGUAAUGGCAGCGGAGUUUGAUCCCGUGGUGAUGGCAUUCACGAACCAGCUGCCAGGCAGGGAGCAGGCUGGAGGGAUGCGUGAGGUGGGUGAGAAGAGGCGCAGGGAAGUGGGGGUGGAGUCAGGAGAGGGAGAGGUUGAGGAGGCUUGGCGUGGCAGGAGGAGGAGCAUGCGGGGUGGGGCUUGGGAUGAUGUGGCGCCAACAGAAUCGGCGCCAAAUGUUAGCGCUUCUCGUCGCCGAUCGGGUCAAUGGGCGGGCUCUUUUGGGAACGUUUCUGAACCAGUUGUUAUUGACGAUGCGGAGGACGAGGCAGACGAGAAGGACAAUGAAGAUAAGGGGUUUGAUGAGCUGCUGGAGGAGAGGAACAAGAAGAUGGAUGAGUUUGGGCAGAUUAUGGCAUUAGCAGCUGUAGCAUCGACUGCAACUGACAUAGGAAAAUGUGAGGCAGCCUCCCCCCCAGCCUCUCUCCCAGCCUUCUCUCCAGCCUCCCGCCAGCCUCCCUCCCAGCCUCCCUCCCAGCCUCCCUCCCAGCCUCCCUCCCAGCCUCCCUCCCAGCCUCCCUCCCAACCUCCCCCGAGAGUCACUCGCAGCAGCCUCUUCCCCAGCCUUCCCCCAGCCACCCUCCCGGCCUCGCCUCCAGCACGUCCUCUUAUUUUCGACGCAACAUGCGCCCGCUUAUCAUCCCCAUCCUCCUUCCUAAUCCCGCGCUUCUCUUCUCCCUUUCCUCUCCCUGACCGUGCACGUGCCCGCACUGUCCGACCGCGGCAGGGCGAGCUGUUCGAGAUCCUGCAGAACGACCAGGCGCUACCCGAGGCCCAAGUGCAAGUCAUCGCCAAGCAACUGGUGCGCGCGCUGUACUACCUGCACUCGAACCGCAUCAUCCACCGCGACAUGAAGCCGCAGAACAUCCUGGUGGGCGCGGGGGGCAUCAUCAAGCUCUGCGACUUUGGGUUUGCGCGCGCCAUGUCGUGCAACACCAUGGUGCUCACAUCCAUCAAAGGCACGCCGCUGUACAUGGCACCGGAGCUGGUGCAGGAGCAGCCGUACAACCACACGGUGGACCUGUGGUCGCUGGGCGUCAUCCUGUACGAGCUCUACGUGGGCCAGCCGCCCUUCUACACCAACUCCAUCUACACGCUCAUCAACCACAUCAUCAAGGACCCGGUGAAGUACCCCGACGCCAUGAGCGCGAGCUUCAAGCACUUCCUGCACGGGCUGCUCAACAAGACGCCGCAGAACCGCCUCACGUGGCCCGCGCUGCUGGAGCACCCCUUCGUGAAGGAGACCGCCGAGGAGAUUAACGCAAGGGAGGAGCGAGCACAGAAGGCGAUGGAGCGAGCAUGCAGGGCAGCAUGGCAUGCACGUGCCAGCACGUUUCUCCCCCACCCACUCAUGCCCUCCGCCGCCAAGGAGAACGCCAACGCUGCACCAGACGCCAAGGCGGCACCAGCAGUGGGGGGCACGACGCCUGUCCCGUGUCCGCCAGGCAAGAAGGCGCGGGAGCUGCCUCUGCGCACCAUAGAGGCGCGCACCACCCCCCAGAACCUCAUGCCCGCCAAGGCCCCCGCCCCGCCUGCUCAGCCCGCCCAGACACCAGCGCAGCCCCAGCAGCAGCGGCAGCAGGCGCAGCAGCAGCAGAGGCAGCAGGGGGAGGAGGGGCCACGAGGGGCGAGAGCAGCGCGAGCAGCAGAGGAGAUGCCGCCUCCCGCUCAGCCAGCAGCCACAGGCGUCUGGAAGUCAUUCGCUUGUUCCUCCCAAAGGCUGCCUCUGCAUCCCCGUGAGUGCCCCACCCGCUCUGCCCGCACUGGCGCUGCAUUCUGCCAGCCUCCUUACACACAUAGUUGCUACAGCAGAUGCCACACGUCCCAUUCCUCCCCUCCUCUCAAUUCCCCUUCCCUCUACCCCCCUUCCCUGCCUUUUACUAUCCUCCUCUCCUCAUUCCCCCUCGCCAGUGACGCCAUAGCAGCAGCAGCCAGCGCGCUGCACUCCCUGGCAUCCCUCGUCACCGACCGACAUCCCUCCGACCCUCCUCUGGACGCGCGCUGCCUGCACUACGACGUGCUCCCCGCCGUCCUAUCCCUGCUCGACACGUGUCUCGCGGACAGAUCCUCCCGCCUGCAGCCUGUGCUGUGCCCCGCGCUGGCCCUGUUGCGCUGCGCCUUCGCCCUCAGAGCGUCCCUCGCGGGCAGCCAGGCGGGGAAGGAGAAGGAGAGGGAGAGGGAAAGGCAGGGGAAAGGGGGAGGGGCGGGAGGGGGCGGGAAGAAGGGCGAGGAGGGGGAGUGGGAUCGAGAAACGGAAGGGGCUUUUUUGGAGAAUGCUCUCUCGUUCAUCAAGAAAUACCCCAAGGUGCGCCAUGCCCUUGUCGCCGUGAGAGUGUUUCUCAUAAUUUCUUCCUUCUCUUGUAAUCAGUGCCUUGUCGCCUCCAAAAUCCUUCUAACCUUACUCUCUUUCCUCCCUCCCGCCCCCGAUGUCCCACACGCACUGAUCUGCGCGCAGUUGCUGGAAGGGCCAGCGCAGCAGUCAGGCGAGGCGUGCCACCUCGCCACGGCCUCCCUCACUCUCCUCCUCGCCGCCUCCUCUGCUGCCGUCCGCGCAGCCUGCCUCCCUGGCCCCUCCCCCCCCGCCCCUACCGCCACUGCGCCCCGGUCCACUGGCUCACAGCGGCAGCAGAAGGCAGGAGGAAGCACUCGGGACAGAAGUACACGUGGCACACAGGGAGCAGCAGCAGGCGGAGGGGGAACAGGGGGACGGGGAGGGGCGGCAGCAGGGGCGGGCAGUGUGAGUUACGUGGAUACAGAGAUACUGUCGUGCGCACAGGCAGUGGCUGCCACCGAGCACAUGGCCCGCUGCAUUGCCCUCGCAGGAAAAGGAAUUUCGCUUGCAGCUCAAGAGCAGGAGAGGAAGGGUGGAAGAGGAGGCACUGCUGCCCGGGGUGCUGGCCGGGCAGCUGAAAAGAUUGAUGCAGAGGAGGCGGGCGAGUGGCAGCAGGCGAGUCUGCAAGCUCUGCUGGGAAUUUGGGCAGCUGUGGAAGGAAUGGAGGCAGCUAGUGGGGAGUGGAGCAGUGGGGACAGGAAGGGCUUUCCUCUGGCAGUUAUGCUUGGGGGUGCACCAGGAUGGGAGGGCGUGGAAGGCAUAGGGAAGAAGGGAGGGAAGCUGCGGAGGGCUCUUGGGGAAAAGCUCGAGAAGGAGAGGUUUGUGGGAGAGAGGCUGCUGCGGCGAGUCGUUGAGGUGAUUAUUGGGAAUGGGGCGAGUGCGAGUGCGGCUAUAGCUGCAGCACUGGAGAUGGUGGGAGGGAACAAUGUGCUGCUUCCCAGGCUGCUGCAGCUGCUGCUGCGCUGCUGCCUCUUCUCCCCGUCCUUCUGCUGUCUCAUGGCCCGAGCGCCCAUCCCAAACGCCCCCUUCCCUGGGCACGAUGGGAGCAUUGUGUCGGGAGGGGGUUCUGACUCCCUGCUUGCCGCUGUCUUCUCCCUCCUCCACUCCUCUCAAACUCCGUCUCCUGCUGCUCCUGAGGACGCCUUGCAAUGCAGUGUCCGGGCGGCGUUGGCUUGUCUGGUAGUGGCGGCUGUAGCGGAGGGGUUGGGGCUGAGGGGCCUGCAGGGCGGCAAGUGGGUGCUGACGUCAGACUCGCAAGUGCAGGAGGUCAGGCUGGCGGUUCUAGGGAAACUGGCAGGGGAAGGCGGAUUAGGGGAAGCUGAGGGAGGGAGGGGUGGUGCUGGAGCUGCAGCAACAGGUGGUGGUAGCAGAACGAGAGGAGCAGCAAGGAGUGAAACGCAACAGCAGCAGGGGAUGGGGGUGGGGCCGGGGCGGCCGUCGGCACCAGCAGCAGCGCUGGCGAUGGCAGUUAUAAUGGAGCUAGAACUCGCACAGUCAGGGGAGCGGCGAGGGUCCUUCGGAGGCGGGUCGUGGGGAGGCGGCAGGGCCUCAUUCGGCGGGACCCCUGGUAGCAGCAGCCCAGCAGACGCGCCAGACUCUUCAAACAUCUCCGACCUUGUUCUGAAAUACCUCCCGCCCCUCGCUCUGCUCUCCUCCAAGCUGCGUGUUUCUCACGCUCCGGGGUUUUCCAAGGGGAUGGAGGGGUUUGGGGCGUGUAAUGGCGGGUGGGGGGAGCUGUGGGGGGGCGCGGGGAGGGUGGUGGGGCGGUGGCACGGGGUGCGGGACGGGUAUGUGGGCAUGCUCACAGUCUCCCUGCGCCUGGGGGGGCCUCAGGCGGUUGAGAAAGCACUGGAAGAUGGGCUGCUAGUUUCUAUGAUGAGUGUGCUGGGAGGGGGUGUGGACCGUGUUGGUGGGGGGAAAGGAGGGGGGGAAGGGGGGAGGAGCGGAGUGGGGAAGGCAAUUGAAGGGGAGAGGGCAGCGUGGGCGGCGGGGGAGAGGGGGUGCGCGCCCCCGGACCAUGUGGGGCUGUCACCCACGGGCGUCAUGUGGCUGCUGGCAGGGCUCUACAUGUGCCUCCCUGCCGGUGGUUACCGCGACGCCCUCAUCGGCCCCGACCCCAUCGACAUCCUUCUGAAGCUUCUCGGAACCUUCCACUUGGCGCACCUGCAGGCGUGGGACAACUGCCAGGGCGGGCCCUGGGGGGAGAUGCAGCUGGCGCAGGGGGGAGGGGAGGGGGGCAGGGGGGGCGCGGAGGGGUCAGGGGGGCGCGGGGGAGGUGGGAGAGGGGGAGGGGGGGCGGAAGCAGGGCAGAUGUGGGGGGAAGCAGCGUGGGUGAUGGAGGGAAGCUUGGAGGGAGUGGCACAGCCGGUAUCACUGGAUAUGGUGGUGGAGCUGGUGUGUGGGGUCGUAGACGUGCUUCUCUUCCCCUUCCAUGCAAUCGUUGCAGGGGAUGCUAUUGGGGGGGCUAGCAGCGCGGGCGGCACUACUAGUGUUGCCCCCGCUGCCUCGGCAGUUAGCGGGGCGGCGGGCGGCAGCAGCGGCCGGUCGGGCGGCAGCGGGGGGGAGAUGGAUGAGCUGUCACGGGCGCUGCUGGCGCUGCAGCCGCAGUACCUGCAGAUGCUGCAGGAGUCGUCAGCCAUCCCAGUGCUGCUGGCGUCACUGGCGGUACUUCAGGGCCCAGCUCUAAUCGGCCCCAUCAACCUGCUGUCACGCGUCGCACACCACUCGCCAGCAGCAGCGGCACUGCUGGUGCGGCACGGAGGCCUGGACCCGGGGCUCAUGGGGAAGCUGUUCGGUAUGGAGGAGCCCGAGGAGGGCGAGGGGGAGGGGGCGGAGGGGGCGGACGGAGAGGAGGGGCAGGGGUAUGUGAUGGAGGUGGUCAUGGACGUGCUGCUCAUCGUCUCCCACCUCUCCCGGCUCUCCGAGGACUACUACGAGCCCAUAGCAACGGCGGACAUCUACGGGGCACUGGAGGUGUUCCUCGCACACCCCGAUGCUGGCGUGCGCUCCAAGGCCUGCAACGCCGUGGGCAACAUGUGCCGCCACUCCGCCUACUUCUACCCCAUCAUGGUGGACUCAGGGAUUCUUUCCCGCCUCAUAGAGUGCUGCGCCGACCAUGACCGGAACACACGCAAGUUCGCCUGCUUUGCAAUUGGCAAUGCAGCAUACCACAACAGUUCGUUGUACGCCGCCCUGAGACCCGUCAUCCCGCACCUAGCAGUGCUGCUAGCUGCCGAGAGCGGGCCGCCCAGCAGCAGCGACGACAAGAUCAAGGCCAACGCUGCAGGGGCGCUGGGCAACAUGGUGCGCAACUCCGGGGAGCUCUGCCACGACCUCAUCUCCCAGGGGGCGCUUCAGGUGAGGGUGAUAGAGGGAGGGGGGGGGAGGGGGGAGGAGAGGAAGGGGUGUGUAUUUCAAAGGGCGCUGGGCAACAUGGUGCGCAACUCGGGCGAGCCCUGCCACGACCUCAUCUCCCAGGGCGCGCUGCAGGUGAGCGUGUGGUGGUCAUGCAAGGAAAUGGCCGUGUAUUUACAAGAUGCUGGGGCCAGCGUGGCGCCCAUGGCAGAAUAUUUUGAGCUGCCCGCCGCCCCUGCGGCCUUUCAGCCUGGCAUCAACAGCAGUGCCGCCCAAAGCGGACUCAACUUCGCCAGCUCAGGGGCGGGUGUGCUGGACACCUCCACUCCAGAUAAGGGCUUCCCACUCUCCGCGCAGCUCUCAAGGUUCUCGGAAUUGGGUGGGCUGCCUGCAGCAGACCCAGAGUCUGACUCCCCGCCUCUCGCCCUCGUGUCCAUGGGCACCAAUGAUUAUAUCGCGUUUCUUGCAAAGGGGAUCAACAUGGGCCGUCAGAUGGACCCCUCUGAGCUGUUACGACUGGCUGAGAUGCUUCCGCAAUCACAACACCUGAUUACCGCUGUUGUCAGGGGGGUCACCGAUGCUGUGCGGUCCUCUCCUUACUACCACACCACACGCACCCAACUCAACUUGCUCUAA